AUGAAAAAAAAUCCUUCAAAAAACGUAGAAUAUUAUGAGCAAAAGUAGAUAGUCAGGGAUCAAUUGAUUUAAAGAAUAGAGGACAAUAAUAAAUCAUCAAAAACUCCAUAGGAAAUCAUCGUUAAAAUAUUGAAGGAGUGGGACUUAGAAAAACUUAAAUAAAUAAUCAAGAAACUUGGAAUAUGGCCUUGUACAAUAGAUUGUAAACUUUAUUUAUGAUGUUAGAGCAAUUCAUUGAAGAUCUUCUGUAAUAACCUGAAAUAUCAUUUGAAAUAUUAGUUUAUAUGAUCCUCAUAUCUGAUGGGUAUUUCUGUCCACUCUCUCCUUUAACCACUUCUAAUUUCAUCACUGCUUUCCAAUGUGGUUUGUUACAAAACUAUUUUUGUUGUGUAACCCCAGAAAGCUAUCAUAUCUACUUCGAAAUCGGACUGGAGAAGAAGCCUAUAAUUAAAAAAAAAGAAGUAACUUUUACUGUAUAUAUUUAAGUUUUUUGGUUUUCGAACAAUUCAUAGAAUUAAUUUUAUAGCCUUAAGAUUUGAUAGAAGAAUUGAGAAUAUAUUAUCAAGACUCUCUAACUAUCAUCGCAAUUAGAAGUUUAAUCCUUACAGGUAGAAUUUUGGAUAAUUAAAUUUCGAUUCUAGUAUUCAUUAUUAAAAAUAUAGCGACUUCGAUUUAAGGAAAAUAAAAAUACUUUUGUUUGGAAAAACCCUUAUUUUAUUGGAAUGAGGUGGAAGAGUGGGGAGAAUGUCAAUUCAAGUUUGGAUUAAAAGAUCAGUAAUGUAUGAGAUGGAUCCCAACAGGAAUUUAGACUAAAUAAUUAGAUGAGUAGUAAUUAAAAUAAUACUAUUACGAUUAAAAUCUGGAUUAGUGGGUGCGAAAAGAAGACAUCGAGAUUUUUUAGAAGUUUAAAUUGAACAGAGAUUUGUCAAAACAAAACAAACAUAUUUUACAUUAAUAUGCAGACUUUGAGUCAGGAGCGUUGAUAAUUGAUAUCAUGUAAAAACUGCCUGAUUUCAAAAUUCUGAUCACUCAAUAGGAAAGGAAGGUUAUAGCAUCAAAAUAAAAUUCUUUAAUUAUUGGUAGAAGUGGAACAGGGAAAACAACCUGCACUGUUCUUAGAUUAUUUGCAGUUUAGACUCUUUUCAAAAUUAGAUAAAAAUUAUUUAAUCAAGAAAAUGAAAAACUCCUUUUCAAUUAUCAGGAUGUUCCAAAUAAAGUGGGAUUACAUUGCGUAUUUACAACUUAGAACCAUGUAUUGAUAGGAGAAGUCAGAAAGUAUUAUAGAAAAUUGUUGUAACACAUACAAGAUUCUAUCAAGAGGAAUUAAGAGAAAUAGUAAAAUCAAAAACAAAAUACUCCAUUAAGUUUAGAUUAAAGUUUGUAAGAUUUGUUAUUGACUUAGUAUAUCUCAAUCAUUUUAGAUUUGUGAUGAAAUUAAUGAAAGUUCUAUAAGUAUGAUACUCUAGGAAGAAACAUUCUUAUGUGAUGAUUAUGACAAUGAAGAUGAAGAAAUGGAUGAGGAUAAUUAACUAGAGGAUGUUGAUUAACUUGGUUCAUUGCAAUAGAUGUCUGAUGAUAAAUUUCCAGCCUUUUUGAGUCUUAAAAAAUUGAUUUUGUUAAUUGAUUCAUCAUUGAAUAAACCAUUUUUUGAAUUAGACAGAUUCAAAAAGAAUGGUGUAAAAUUAUAAAAAGCAGGUUGGAAUACUGGAAAAACAAUUAAAAUAACUUAGAAACUAAAAACAAAUAAGAAUAUUAAUGUUAUUGAAAUAGAUGAAAAUGCUAAAUUUGAAGAAGAAGAGUUUACAAUGCUAAAUUAACAAGAAGUCAAAGAGGAAAUAGAUGAAACUAAACUACUUUUAUAGAAACAAUAAGAAAAAGCAUAAAAAAGUUAAUAAUAGCAAUAAUAAGAAUCAAAUAUUCAAGUUACAGAAGUUGAUUAUGAGUAUUUCUUAAAGAGAUUUUGGCCAACAAUCAAGAAACCAAAUUAGAAAUAUGGAUGCGAUGAACGAUCAUUCCCAACUCUAAUAUGGACUUAAGUUUACUCUUACAUUAAAGGAUCUUAAUUUUCUUAUUCUUACCCUAUGAAAUAUUUACCCAAAGCUAUCUAUGCUGAAUUUAAUCCUUCUAAUCUAUCGUAAGAUAUCAUAAAUCUCAUUUAUGACUACUUUUUGGAAUAUGAAAAAUGGAAACUCUCUUGUGGAGUAUUUGAUCUAAUGGACUUAGUCAAUUACACCAUAUGUGAAUUAGAUAAGGGAGAAUUUAAAACUGUCCCCAUUCAUUACUUAUUCGUAGACGAAGUAUAAGAUUUACCACAUGCAGUAAUAACUCUAUUUACAAGAUUAAUUGAAUAAGGUUAUUAUUUCUGUGGAGAUACUGCCUAAAAUAUAGUCAAAGGAGUUGGUUUUAGAUUCUAAGAUCUUAAGAAUAUGUUUAAACACGUAGACAAUCCUUUACUUACAGAAUUAGAAUAAUUUCAAUUGACUAUUAAUUUUAGAUCCCAUAAUAACAUUCUGUAGUUGGCAAACAGUAUUGUGAAUCUUAUUGAAUUAUUUUUCCCUAAGGCAAUUGAUAGACUUAAUAAGGAGAUCUCAGAUUUAAAGGGACCUAUGCCCAUGUUAAUUUAAAGCAAUAAUAUUGAUGACCUAUUCAAUUUCUUGACUGGAGAUGUUAAUCCUAACUUAGAUAAACAGGCUGUUCCAAUUGAAUUUGGUUGUAAUCAAGUUGUCUUGGUCAAGGAUUCAGAUGCUAGAGAUAAUAUUCCAUCUGUCUUAGCCCAUGCAUUAAUCUUAACAAUCUAUGAAUCCAAGGGUCUUGAAUUUGAAGAUGUUAUUUUAUAUAAUUUCUUUACUGAUAAUACAAUUUUGCAGUCUUAAUGGGAUCUAUUUAAUUAAUUGUUUAUUGAUGAAGUUGAAGUGGAUAGAGAUGAAUAUAAUUAUAAAUUGACAAGUAAGUAUUUAGUUGUUAUUUAGGACAUGAGUAAUAAAAUACUAGUUCUGAAGAACUCUAAGAUAAUAAUGCAUCAUUCUCAACAUAAAAUGAAUAAGGAAAUAUUUUAGUCAAGAAAUUAAGAUUAAAGCCCAGCAUCAAAUCAUUAGAUCUGAAUAAUUAUAAUGCCUUGUGUAAUGAGUUGAAAUAUUUAUACGUGGCUGCAACCAGAGCCAAAAAUAGAUUAAUUAUAUUUGAUGAUUAACCAGAAAAGAGAAAUUAAAUAUAGAAUCUAUGGCAGUCUUUGAAUUUAAUCUAAAUAUUAGAUGAAUCCUAUUUCUAAAAUGCCAAAGAAUUGAAUAAAAUUGUGACUCAAAAUACAAAAGAAGAAUGGUAUGCAACUGGAAUGAAAAUGUUUGCCAAUAAAUAUUAUGAUCAAGCAAUCAAAUGCUUUGAAAUGGCUGGACACUAAUAACUUUUUACUAAAUCUUAGGCAUAUGCUUUUGCAUUUAGAGCAGAAAAAUAAUUAUUGUAAAGUCAGAACUUUUUUGAACUUAGUGAAGACACUCAUUUACCUUAAAAUUUAAGGAGAUAAUAUAAGGAAAAAUAUGAAAAAUCUAAGCAUGAAAUGUUUAAUAACUUCAAUAAAGCUGGUGAAAAAUUCAUAGAAUGCAAAAAUAAGAAGAAUGCAGCAGCCUGUUUCUUUUCAGGUUAAUAAUAUCAACUUUCAUUAAUUUACUAUCUUUAAACUAAAUGUUGGGAAGAAGCUGCAGAAGUAGCACUUAAGUUAAAGCUCUAUCCUGUAGCUGGAUUAUUAUGGUUAAGGGCCUACAAAAUUGAUCAAAGUAUUGAGGCCUUCAAUUAGUUCAAAAAUAAUCUAAUUACUUUGCAUUUGCUUUGUGAAUUCAAAUAUGAAUUAGGAAAUGAUUUGAAGAAUCUAUGGGAAAUUCUAUUACCCAAAGUGUUACAAGAGUGUUGGUUACAAUAUAGCAAGACAAAAGAUGCAAUUUAUAUUGAAAGAAAUAAUUAUUCUGGCCAAAAAUUAGAUUUUUCUAUUUUAACAUAGCACACUGAUUUUCAAACUGAUUUCGCUUCUGAAUUACUUAUUAUUGAGGCAUCAGCUUAAAAUGUUUAUACUUAAGAGGAAAUGUACAAGACGCUUUACAAUUACCUCUAUAAUUUUCUAGAUGAAUUACUUGUAGUCCUUUCAAAAGUGUUUAUUAACUAUCCUUUGCAAGCAAUGAAAGAAAGUAUGUUGUCUAAAUCAGAUGAAUUUUUAUAAAAUCAAACUGCAUUCAUUCAAAAUGUUCUAGAAUAUUUUGAUAUUCAGGAUUUGCAACUCUUUAUGCUUGAAAGAACAAAUUGUAAGGAUAGAGAUAAUUAUUUUAUUUCCUGCCUUUAUUAUAUCUCCCCCUUAUAUUAACCAUGCUUCUCAUUAAAUUUCAUAUUCUAAAAUUACGGGAGAUUAAAUAAAGCGGAUUAAAAAAAAAUAGAGAACUCUCAUAAAUAAACUCUUGAGAAAUCAGAAUAGAAGUUAAAUACCUUUAAAUUUUCAAAUUCUAACAAACUACUCAUGAACUAUUCUUUAUGCUAAUUAGGAUUAUAUGAAGUCGCUAUUCAUUUUUUUUAGAAACAUAUUAGUUCAUUAGAACAAGCUGAAGAAAAAUAAAUGACCCAAAGCAAAAUAAAAGUUUAUAUGUCAAACUUGAGGUCUACAUUACAACUUUUAUAGUAACAUAAAUCAUUGUUAUUAACCUUUACAGAGGAUGAUAAACUUUAGAGCCACGAGCUAUUCAUUAAAGGAAGAAAAUUUAUUUAAGUUAUGCUGGGAUUUUAUUAUUCUAACAAUUAGGAUCUUAAGAAACUUAGAAAUUUGUAAAAUGACUAUAUGGCUCAAUAUAUUGAUCAAUUAGAAUAAGCUAAAAUUAUGAAAUAAAAUUUUGAUGGUUAUCUUAAAUUUUUAUUAAGUCACAGAGCCUUUUAGAUACAUUAGUGUAUAAUUUUAUCCUUUGUAGCUGAUUAAGAUGAAAAAAUUUUGAAUUCACUCUAUGACUUGCAGUAUUAAGAAUUUUAAUUGUUUUUGAUUGAACUUUAAAAAGUAGUCGAUCUAUUCAAAUACAAUAGAUAUACUUAUUUAUAUAAUGACACAUUUCAGAGUAUUUGUGCUAUUUACUAAUUAUCUGUACCAACAUCAGAAGAAUUCUAAUUCUUAGGAUAAUCAUAUAUUAUUGUUCAUAAAUCCUCAUUGAUUUUUUCAACUUUAGCCAAUAAUUAUAAAUAAUAAUAAUUUUAGGCUUUUUAAUUUGAUCUCAAAGGUGAAUUGUUUUUAUUUUCAUCCUAUUUUGUUGUAAAAACAAUACAACGAAUUUUUAAGGAUUUCCUAAAGACUUAUGUACAUAAGUAUUGUAUGAGAAAAACUGCAUCUAACAAUAAUGUACCAUUUCUAAUUUAAAUUUAUUCGUUCUGCGCUAUUAAAAAUUAGAAAUCUGAAAAUAAAAUAUCGAAUAAGUACUUAGAUUAAACCUAUGCAGAUUAAAACUUAUUAAACUGCUUAGAAUAUUAAUUGUCAGAUUAAAUAUUCAAUAUCUGGUAUCAAAUACCUAAAAUUGAAAAUCCUUUGAAUAGAUAAAUGUAUGCAAUUCUGACAAAUAAGUCUUUCGCUAAGGUCUUAACUGAUCAAACCAAGGAAGAAUUACACAUUCAUUUAUUGACUGGUAUCCAUGCUUUAAAUAUUGCUUAUUAUUACCAUGUUUCAUUAGAGUUUAUUGAGAAUCUUAUUUACGCUCGUAGGUAGUUAGAACAUUAAGAGAAAAUAAAAAAUUAUUUAAUCGUCGAUUUAAACCCAUUUCUAACUUAAUUUUAACUCAAAGGUUAUUAGAGUUAUAUUUACUAUUUGUUACGUAGUCAAAUUUGCAUGUCCAUGAAAAAUAUAGCCUCAUACAUAGAAUACCACACUUUAUUGUCCUCUAUAAGUUUUUCAGAAUAAAUUUAUAGAGAUCUAACAUUCUGUACUUUAAUUUACAUAGUAUGCAAAAGAUCUCAUUAGGAAUUUAUGAGAAAACUGUAAGAAUUGGAGGAUGAUGCAAAAUAGGUCAAAGAAUAUGAAGGAUCUUUAUAAAUGGAAUAAUAAAUAAUUGAUGAAAUCAUAGAGUUAAGAACCUUUAGAGAUUUUAAGUAAUAAACUAUGAACUUAAUAUUACCAAAAAAGUCUAUCACCUUCUUAUAAACACUAAAGUGCUAAAAAGUUUAGAUAGAUGAAUAAUUUGAUGAUUCCCCUGUUUAAAGGUUCUUGUAGAUAUUAAUUGAUUUAUCUAAAACAGGAGAUGAACAACCAUUAUUUUUGUUGGCUGCAAUUUUAAUCAAUGUGGAGACAGUCAACAUAGAAGUUUAGAUGGCCUUGGAAGCUGAAUUAAUAGAAUAAAUUCCUUAAAAACGCCGAAAAAUAAUUGAAGAUUUAUUGGAAAUUGCAAAUGAAGAAUUUGAAAAUAGACAUGAUUUAGUCUUAAAGUUGAUCAAAAAAGGACAAAGUGUAUUCUCAAAGUUAACUGAGAUAGUAGUCACUUAUAACAAUAUUUCAAUGAAAACAUUUAAUAAUUUUUAUGAAGAUGCGCUUAAAGAUAAAUUAUCGACUGAAUAAAUCAAUCAUGACAUAAAAACUCAACUUGAAUAGUAAGAGAGGAAAAAGUUUAAAAGCUUGUAUGUUGGAAUGAGGUUCACUACUUAUUAACCUCUAUUAAAUGAGAGGAUGGGAUUUAAUGAUUCGUUACUAAAGAUAGGAGGAUCUUCAUAAAUUUACGAUGAAGUAAAUAUUUUACGAAGGUAUUUAAUUAUGUAAUUGUAGUAAAUUAAUUGAAAUUUUGUACACAAAAUAAUUAUAAAAACCUGUGCAUUUUAAUUCAAUUAGAGAAGAGUUGAAAAGACUUGCUAAACUAGAAAGGGAGCUAGACGAUGAAUUUGUUGAAAACUCUUUAUAAAGAGGAUAUGGAAAAAUUUACAACAGAUAAUUUGUAUUAGAACUUGAAGAAUUUGAUGAACAGAUAGAGAAUUGGAUUCAGGAAAACAGUUAGUUAUCUAAUAAAUUCCAAAAUAUUGAAAAUCAAAUAAAUAAAAAUGUUCAAAAAUAAACGAUUGCAAUGUGUUUAAUUUAAAAGAAAACCAAUAAAAAAAAAACUUAUUAAAGAUGGUGA